AUGCUGAGAGUACAAUUAAGGCAAUUCUCAAGAGCUAGUAUAUUAGAGGCUACUUCUCCUGUGAAAGGUAGAGCCCAAGGAUUUGCUAAAAAACAAUCUGGUGGUAAAACAUCCAAAAAGAACACUUCAGGUUCAUAUGUUAAGAAGUGGAUUGAUACUGUAAGUACGUCUGGAUUCAACAAGUUUGCUAAACCAGUAGAUAUGCCAGUUUUUGAAGCAACCAAAAACUUGGAAGCUGCUUUAAAUAAUGUAUCAAAAUAUCACGAUUCUCAAUAUAAAUCAUUAUACCAUAUGGGAUCGUUUAAGAAGAAUCAAUUUAAUGAAUUAUUUUUUCGCCCAAUAUCGUUGGUUCGUGAAAAAUCUACACAAAAGUUUAUUGAUUUAAUGAAUACUUCCAGUAACAAAAAGUUUAUUAUCACAGGUGAACCAGGAAUUGGUAAAUCUGUGUUAUUGGCUCAAAUACAUGCAUAUGCAUCAGAUUCUAAACAUAUUGUCAUUAACAUUUCACACCCAGAUCUAUUAGUAAAUGGUAGAAAUGAUUUUUUUUAUGAUAAAAAUUUGAAACUUUACAUUCAACCAAUGUAUUUAAAGAAAUUUUUAAGGAAAAUACUAAAAUCUAAUGAUGAAACCACAAUGAAAUCAAUCAAGUUAGCAUCAGAUUACAAAUUUACCAAUGCUGAUCCAAAAGAUAACCUGGUAAGGAAGUUUGUCACUUUAACAAAGGAUACUAACAGUUUUUAUGAUCUAUUAACAACCAAGACUACUCCUGCCCAAAGAGGUGAACAAUUUAAAGCGAUUAUAACUGAAUUAUCUAAUCAAAAAACAACUCCUGUAUUAGUUUCUGUAGAUAAUUUUUCUAGAUUGUUAACAACUUCAUUAUGUGACUAUAAAAACGAAUCAAAUGAGCGUAUUGAGACAUUGGAAUUCCAAAUAGCUAAAUUCGUAAUGGAUUCAAUUUCUGGUGAAAUUAAAUAUAAGAAUCCAGAGAGUGCUGUUGUUUUGGCAACCUCGGGUGAAGAUAGAACUAAUAAAACACUACCUGUUGCCCUGAAUAAGAUUCCGGAGGAUAUAUAUCUUAAGAGAUAUCAUUACGAUCCUGUAUAUGCUAAUAUUCUAAAACAAGGUAAAGUUAAAGAGUUUGAAGUACCAAAAUUGGGGAAAGAUGAGGUACAAAAAUUAAUUGAGUUCUAUUUGAAGGCAAAUAUUAUGCCAAGAUAUGCUGUUGGCACGAAACCUUUAGAACAAUUAAUAAAUGAAAAAUUCAUUAUAAGUGGUAACGGUAAUCCAAGAGAAUUAUUAAAAAGUAUUGUUCUUUCUUAUUUUUGA